AAAAAAAUGAAAAUAGAAGGUGGAUACACUGUUGAUGGCAACGAAUGCAAUGCUAAAUACAUAAACCUCCUUCAGACAUAUCGCCACAAUAAGGAUAAGAGGCUCAAGACAACAGGUGAAUCGAAAAUCACCUGGGAGUAUUAUUGCAUAUUUGACAAUGUGUUAGGCACUAAAGAUUCAUCACGUCCUAGGGAAGAACUGUUGUCAACAUCACUGCAAAACUCGGAUGAAAAUAAAUGUCAAGAAGAUGAUAGUCAACCAGGAACAUCUGGUCUCCAAAAAAAAACAAAAAACAGUAAUUCCAAAACUAAAGAAUGAAAAUAAAAAAAAUGUCAGUACCUAUUUUAUAAAAAGAAAAGAGAGGAAGAGAAAAUGGAGCAAAGAAAGGUUCUGAAAGAAAAAGAGAUAGAUGCUCUUAACAAUUUGGCUAAUGCAGUAAGACAUUUUUCUAAGAAACAAAGGCAUAAUAGCAGUUCUGAUUCAGACUAAAAUACUAUCUUAUUUUUAACAAUAUUUUUAAUAUAACGUGUUUGAUAUACGAAUGUUGUGUUCUUUUUUGUUUAUUUUGUG